GGUGCCUCUUGUGAUCAGGAAAUGUAGGCGAGUAGUCGUGCAAUGUAUAUUUAGGCAGAGAAGUCAUAUGGUCACGACGUUUCCUUUGAACUCAUCAUGAGACACUGCCUUCCGCCGAAGGACAUCAUCCAAUAACGCCCAUGCAAGUCUAUAAUAUUUGAGACUAGGUGUUAGUCUAGCGACGGACGUAAAACUACAAAUUACUGUCAGCAAUGGAGGGAGGCAAGUCAGCGUUCCCGGGGGAGGAAGGUCCGACUCCCACCCAGAAGAUGCAGCUUACUGGGGACAGAGACCAUAAAAUAGAUUUCAUGGUCUCUGCUGGGGGCGAUUUUGUAACCGACAACGUCCAUGUGAGUUUGAGUCUGACGGUGGAAGGCAUUUCGUGGAGGAACUUGGUGGAUUCAAGAGAGGUUACCCUCUCCUGGCCUGACAUCAUCACCUGUCAUCGAGGACGUGUGUCGUCAUGGAGACCAACAGAGAUAACCGGUGAUGUUGACAAUGACAAAUGUUUCACCUUGCAUUAUAUCGACAGACAAGAAACCCGUGUCUGGAGACACAAAUACAGGACAUUUGAUAGCAGCGAGAGUAAUUUCGAAGACAUUUUAAGUGCUGUUCUUGAGAAAUGCAAGAAAGAUCGUCCCUCCCGACUGUUGGUGUUCAUUAAUCCUGUCGGGGGAAGAGGGCAAGGGGAAGUCAAGUACAACAGAGUUGUGGCCCCUUUGUUCAAAUUGGCCCAGAUCAACACAGAAGUCAUAGUGUCUCAAAAUGCAUUACACCCAGAAGAAGUGGGGGACACAUACGACUUCUCAAGGGUCUCCGGAGUGGUGGUCCUGGGAGGAGAUGGCACGCUCCAUAAACUCCUACACACUCUGUUGCCAAGGGUACAGAGAGACGCUGGGAUACAAGGUGGCGCCUCUGAUACGGACUGGACAGCCUUACCUUUUCCAAUUGGAAUAAUUCCCACAGGUACAGGAAAUGGUGUUGCGAAAAGUCUAUAUGGAAAUGAUGACAUAGAAACUGCGGCCCUCAACAUCAUUUCGGGGUGUAAGACCUUCAAGAACAUUGCCAGCAUCAGUCACUGUGGCAGUCAUCUGAGUUUUUCGGGGGUGCUAUUUGGCCACGGCUUCUGGUGUGACCUCUUCGACACUCUCUUGGAAGAGAGACAGUUGGGCCGGUUCCGGUUCUUCUUUGGAAUGCUGUCAGCAUUUCUGAGGUCUCGGCGCGAGUUCGAUGUUCAAAUAGACUACUUGCCCUACGACACACCCACAGACGGAAGUGAAGUGGACAAUAGCGACACAGAAACAAAACCAGUUUGGAAGACAAUAGAGGGUCGUUAUACCGGAGUAUUAUGUUGUCCUUCUGUACCGGUCCCUCAGGAGAAUACGGACAAGUGCGUCUUUGACGUCAAUGCGGAGGCAAUGUCUUUGGUGAUGGAUAAGCAGUGUGGGAGGUGGACAUUCUACUCCUGGCUUUACAAGAUGACCCAGUUGCAUAAAGACGCCUUCAACGGCUACGAUUUUGUAACUAUGAUACAGGUUAAAUCAUUCCGACUUCGAGUAAUAGGAAGAGAAGGAACCACUGAACGUGAAAAACGUCUGGAGAGUAAGAUGAACAUUGACGGCGAGAUCCAUGGUGUGGAGUCGGGCGGACUGGACAUCACUGGCAGACUCCAUCGUAACCUAGUGAAGAUGUUUGGAAGCAGAACUAUGCGCUGAUGAGAUUGAAGGUUAUAAUCAUUAUCCUCCAACUCUGUCGUAUAAACUGAUCGUUGACGGCACUGUGUACACGUGGAAUGAGGAGGCUGCAGAUAUACAGCAGGUUGGGAAACGUCGAAACUGGAGUUCUGAAUCACCUGGAACAUCUGAACCGAGGGGCAGUACGUCUCAUCAACAUAAGUCCAAGGAGAGAUGUGGCAGAGGCCCCAAUGCCUUAUUUACUACUAGUGGCAGUGUAAACAACGCUAUCAGUGUCAGCAGCAUCCUCGCUACAGAUGACAAUCCUCUACCAGUGAAUCCGAACACCGGAAUAGACGAUAUAAUUUGUUCGUCAAAUACUGCACCUAGUGUCAGUUCUCCAAACACUUAUGACAGGGCUAUUGUGAAUAUACUAAUACUACUACUACUACUACUAAUAGUAAUAAUAGUAAUAAUAAUAAUAAUACACAGUAUAAUGUAAGCACUGUUAUUAAUGUGUGCAUGGAACAUUCAUGGACUUAAGUCCAUAGGAGAGUCAGCUGACUUUAUUUCAUUUUGUUAAACUUUAGAUAUAUUCUGUUUGAUAGAAACCAUGUGUUUAAACAAACUGUUCUGUAACCAGAAUGGUAAUUUUGAAACCUUUGUUUGUAAUCCAAAGCGAUUUUCCAGUCAAGGUAGAUUUUCUGGAGGGUUAGCAGUAUGUGUAAGAAAGACAUUGACACAUCUUCAGAAAGAGUUCACAGCCACUGGAACACUAACCUUAUUAAGUUAAGGAGGGGGCACGGGUGGCCCAGUCGUCUAAGGCGCCGCGAUUCGCUGUGCAGAGUUGCGUCCCUUGGGCACGCCAGAAACCUAUGAUUGUGGGUUCGAAUCCCGGUUCGCCCCGAUUAUGUUUCU